AAUAAAAAUAAAACAACUUCCUUAAGAAAUAGAACACUUGAAAAAAAGAGCUUUACUAUUCUAUCCGAAUCAAACAUUUUCCUGGCUCCUAAUUAUCAGAAAUAAUGGCAGUCACCGUCAAGAUGAUCAGCAUACUCCUCUUCCUUUCCCUCGUUUCUCAAUGCCAUUGUCAGUGCUCGUUGAAUAACUUACAAAUUACACAACAUAAGGAUGGAAUUUGGAGGCAUGGAAAGCCAGAGUUUACUGUGACCAUAACAAACAACUGUCGUUGUUCUCUACAGAAUGUAAUUCUAAAUUGCAAAGAUUUAGAGACCACUGCGGACUUAGGCACUACUAUCCCAGACAUUUUAAGUGUUAAGGGUGAUCAGUGUAUUGUUAAUUCUGGUCGCCCUUUCAAAAAUGCUCUCACCUUCACAUAUGCUUCCGACAGCCCAUUUCCUUUCAUUCCAGUUCACUCUGAAACUGUUUGUUAGUGUUAUUAAUUAAAUAAAUUAUAUACACAUUUAUAUA